GCCGGAUCAUUUUAGGGAGAAAGUCGCAUCGAAGCAGACGUAUCUCAUCAUGGAAGUAACAUCGGGCGGGAUAUUUGUUAUUAUUUUCGUUUCAUGCAUUCUGUCGUCUGCAGAAGCCGUGUCUGGCUUCAACACCAAAUUCGGAAACUUUCAAGUGUUUCAGAAACAUCCGGCUUUAAAGAAAUGCGCGGACUCCAUUCUCCAGAAGAAUGAGUUUGUUGGUGUGCGUGUAUCUGAGCUAACAGGCGAAUGUGAGGGUUUACCACACUCUUGGGGUUUGAAUCAAACAAUGGAAAGUGGAUAUGCAUAUGCGAAGAAGUUGUUCGUGGAAGAAAACUUCAAGCCACCGGUUGGAUUAGACUCGUUCUUGUGGAAGUUUCCCGGAGUAUUCAGUCUUGGGGCAAGGUUGGAUCUAUUCAUCCCAUUUACGGAGAAUGAUAUGUUUAGGCUGGUUCUGUCAAAAAAUACUCAUCCAGACGACAUAUAUUACGGAAGCAGGUUUAUAAUGAGCUUCUUGCCUGGCCGGAUCAAUAUUGAAGACAGCAUCAAAUUAGAUAACAGAGAAAUUGUAAAGAAUGAAACGAUGCUCGAUGACGCAGCGCCUUACUCAGGGAGUAAGAUUUCAUUUCUGGCUCAGACUGACAACUUUGUUAUGAUACUGCUUGAGGACAAAGAGCUGUACACGCUCAGAUUGUCAUUCCCCACUACCAUGCUUAGGCAGAUCUACCUAGGCCAAGAUUAUUGGAGUAGAGGUCCACUCAUUAUACUCGGCAUUCAGUUCACUGCUGGAAAAUAGUCUUGGAUAAAUAGCCGGACACUAUUUUCAACAAAGUGCAGACAGCAUUUAUAUAAACUAACUGACCAUGUACAGACGCAUUUAGAAGAAAAAAAACUGGAACAAAAAAUUAUGCUAUGUUGUUUGUUGUACAUCAUUAACCUUCACCUUGCUAACUUCCUUAAAUGGACUGGUAUAUCAGUCAAUUUUUGCAGUGCCAAAGGGUGUUCACAAAAUUUACUGACUGAAUAGCGAAUAGAGCAGACCAAAGGCAGAAACACUUGCCGCCGGUAUGCUGAAAGUUCAGUUUAAUAGUGACUUAUUUUUUCAUUGUGCAAACAAAACAUGUUAAUUUCGUGCAGUAAAAAUAUUGUACUUUUUUUUCAAAAUGAAUUUUAGGCGUAGUAUAACUUUAUAUAUCAAAUUACAACUUUAAAGAAACGUCUCUGCAAAGAAAUUUUUCUACAAACUUUAUCUACGUGUGUUGAAAUAUUCAUGUAGAAAAUCUGAAAAAAAGUCAUUAAACAAAUUAACGUUAGCUUUGAUGAUAGCAUGGAGAAAUUAUUACAUGCAUCAGAAAUUUAUGAAAUGAAUAUUCGUCUGACAUCACCAUGAGCAUUACAAUCAAUUAAGAAAAAUAAAAAGUGAAUUAAGCAAAUAUUCGAACGUGCAGAAUUACCUUAACGACGUAUUUAACAACAUUUACAUCUAGUUACAAACCGUAUACUUUAUCUCAUUGGUCAAUGUUGUUCAUCCUUUAGACAUGGUCCAAGACGUACACGAGAAAAUAUUAACAAUUUGUUAAAUUGGUAAUGGUGGUCACUAUUAAUUCAUUUACAUUUUCUCAUGUACGUCUUAGGACAUGUCUAAACAUCCACAAUAUUAACAAACGAUUCAUCAGGUAUACUAUCUAGUAUACGUUUUAUAAUUAAUUAUAUGAGCCGUGCCAUGGGAAAACCAACAUAGUGGGUUUGCGACCAGCUUGGAUCCAGACCAGCCUGCGCAUCCUCGCAGUCUGGUCAGGAUCCAUGCUGUCUAUUGCAAUUAGAGAAACUGUUAGCGAACAGCAUGGAUGCUAACCAGACUGCGCCGAUGCAAACCCACUAUGCUGGUUUUCUCAUGGCACGGCUUAUAUGUAAUUGUGGUCAAACAUGUCGUUAAGGUAGUUCUGCACGUUGGGAUAAAAUAUCUACUGUGUAGAAUUUGAUUGAAACCUAUUCUUUUUUUUUUUUUAGUUUUUGCUAGACGAAUUUGAAAAAUUUGGAUCUCACAAAAGUUUUAGUAAUGGGAGUCUGUGGAGAAAAUCACAAUUUUGAUUAUAUUUUCAGUGUAGAAUUUAAUGAAGCUUCUCACAGUCAUCAAUAAAUAUAUAGUCUAAAAUAUGGUGAAAUAAAAUAUAAAGUUUGA